AUGCCGAAACCUCAAUAUUCCCAAAAAUUAAGGGAUUCUUGGCUUCAAGAUCCCGAUUUAAAAGAAUGGCUUCAAGCAGUUGAAAGUAUCACUGGCCAAGUAGCAAAAUGCAAGUUUUGUGGAACGAUAUUAAGAAGUCACUACGGAGAUUUAAAAACACAUGCUCUUUCGAAAAAGCACCAACAAAAUAGAAAGGUUAUCACCAAACAACCUAAGCUGACAUUCAAAAAGGAGUCUACUGAUAAUAAAAAGAAAGAUGAAGCCAGAGUUGCAUUAUUUACAGCAAUGCAUACAAGUAUACGAACAGUUGAUCAUUUAGGAGAAGUUAUUAACUACAGCCAUGAAAAAGAAAUAAAUAAAAUGCAGAUGCACCGAACUAAGUGCACGUAUGUAAUAAAAAAUAUUUUAGCAUCUCAUUUUACAGAACUUAUAAAAAACGACAUUAAAGAACAACCAUACAGUUUAUUAAUAGAUGAAUCCACAGAUAUUGCUGUACAAAAAUAUUUGGGUUUAAUUGUAAUUUAUUACAGCACUACACAUGAAAAAAUAGUUUCAACUUGUUUGGACCUUGCUGAACUCGACGCAUGUAAUGCUGAAGGUAUUGUUUCUGCCAUAAAGCGGACGCUUAAACAUUUCGACUUGCGAAUUGAAAACUUAAUGGGUAUUGGUACAGAUAAUGCUUCGGUGAUGGUUGGCGUAAGUAAUGAAGUUUUUGUCCGAUUGAAACAAGAAAUACCGCACUUAGUUUUGGUACGUUGUUUAUGCCACUCCUUGCAACUGGCUAUUUCAGCAGCAGCAAAGGAAUUUCUUCCGCGAAAUCUUGAAUUUUUAAUUAGAGAGACGUAUGAUUGGUUUGCUCGAUCGUCUUCCAGACAAGUUAUCUAUAAAGAGCUAUACAAAUCCAUCAACGAUGGACAGAAGCCUCUUAAAAUUGUUCAAACCUGUCAGACUAGAUGGUUAUCCAUAGUCUGCUGUGUCGAGAAUUUAUACGCAAUGGCUGGAGCUUAA